CUUGCCAUGGAGACGCCGACUGUGUUUUGAUAGAUAAACUAGCUGCUGUAUAUCACUUCAUACCAAAAGCGCCCCGAAAAUACACAUUCUCAGAUCUUGAUAUCAUCUCUUCAAGCCAGCAACACAUCACAUCAUAUUACAGCCAAAAUGUCGCUAUUCAAGUCCUUCUUCGGCAAGUCCGUCGACGGCGGACCCCCCUCUCCCACAGAAAAGUCGGCAGUGCGCGCCCUCCCGGCAGAAUGGUACACCUCCCAAGACAUGUACUCGCUCGAGCGUCGCGCCAUCUUCUCGCGCAAGUGGCUCCUCACAACCCACAAGGCGCGCAUCCCCAACCCGGGCGACUGGGUGCGGUACGACGUGGCGGGCUACCAGUUCAUCAUCGUGCGCGACCGCAAGGACGGCACCAUCCACGCCAUGCACAACGUCUGCCGCCACCGGGCCUUCCCCGUCGUGACAAAGGACGAGGGCAACAGCUAUGUCUUCUCUUGCAAGUACCACGGCUGGUCCUACGGCCUCAAGGGCAACCUCGCCAAGGCGCCGGGCUACCAGGACCUGCCGGGCUUCGACCGGGCCAAGAACAGCCUGUUCCCCAUCCACGUGCACCUCGACCGCAACGGCUUCGUGUGGGUCAACAUGGACGCGGGCGAGACGCCAGAGAUUGCCUGGUCCGACGACUUUGCCGGCAUCGACGAGCAGGAGCGGUUCCAGCACUACAACUUUGAAGACUACGUCUUCGACCACCAGUGGGACAUGGAGGGCGACUGGAACUGGAAGAUCCUGGCCGACAACUACAACGAGUGCUACCACUGCCCGACCUCGCACCCGGACAUCCCCUCCAUCGCCGACCUCAACUCGUACUUUGUCAACACGGAGAAGGCCUUUGUGCAGCACUUUGGCGAGCCGACGCCCGAGCAGAUUGCGCAGGGGUUCCGGGUGGCGGCGACGUACUACUGGCCCAACGCGUCCAUGAAUGUCUCACCACACUUCUUCAUGAUCCAGCGCUUCGUCCCCUUCGCCCCAAACAAGUCCCAGAUGCGGUACGAGGUCUACCGCAACAAGAACAGCAGCGACGAGGACUUCAAAACCAUCAGCGAAAUGUACAAGCGCAUCAUGUCCGAGGACAAGUACCUGUGUGCCAACGCCCAGCGCAACAUCGACGCCGGCGUCUUUGUCAACGGCGAGCUACACCCGGACCUCGAGAAGGGCCCGCUCUACUUCCAGAAGGUGGUGCGCGAGGUCGUGACGGAGCACUUUGAGAACGAGCGCAAGGGCGGCGCCGAGAUCUGGCCCGCCCGCCAGAAGGUGCCCGAGAAGGGCACGGGCGAGGCUACCAAGGAGGACAGGGACUUUUGCGCCGCUGUCGAGACGUGCGGCAAGCAAAAGGCUAGUUGCAUGGACGAGGGCACGCGGGUGUGUCUUGACGAGGCUAUUGCUUUCUAGGAUAUUUUUCUUUCUUGUCGUAGGUUUGCGGGCGUUCUAAGCGUUGGAUUUUCAUCUUCAUCUUGGUGCCGGCGAACGGAUCAAAGCAAUGUAAUUUCACUAUGUAAAUUCCAGUCUCCUUCAGUUCAUGUAAUUAUCUCUAGUUUUUUUCUUUGGUAAGAGAAAAAGGCAUAACAAAAUCCGGAUCCUGGUUUGUCAUUACAAGAUCUUUCUCCAGCUUUCCACGCCGCAAUUUCCAGGUCGGUAGCAAAACCAUUCCACCUGCGCC